UAACUUAACGUGACGUCAGAACAGGAAGUUGUUCCACGCUAGUGUUGUGAUGAUGACUUUACCGCUCGUUUCACAGUAGUACACCGUUUUUCUUUUCAUACAAAGACACCGUGUUAUCCAAUGAAAAGCUUUAAUUUGUGUCGUACAGAGAAGCAAACAGUGGGCGAGUCGAAACAACCGUCAGACAUGCAGACAGAGAGAGAGGAUGAGGAUGAUGCAUCGGUUGAAGAGUAUGUUGCCCUGUCUAGUUUCACUGGAAGUGGCAGCGACCAGCUUAGUUUCAGCAGAGGUGACAGACUGCGCGUGCACGCCAAGCCUUCAUCAGAGUGGUGGUGGGCAGAGCUCCGUGGAGUCAUAGGUUAUGUCCCUGCCAGCUACCUGCGCCAUGAGGAGGAGGAGGAGGAGGAGGAGGAGGAGGAGGAGGGCACCUCCCUGGAGGACCCAUGGCAAGAUGAAGAGUACUUUGGCAGUUAUGGGACACUGAGGCUUCACUUGGAGAUGCUGUCAGAUAAGAGCCGCACUGAGGCGUACCGGCAGGUUAUUCUCGGCAACAGCGCCUCUCUAAGGAAUAAGGUGGUGAUGGACCUCGGCUGCGGGACUGGCAUCAUCAGCCUGUUCUGCGCUCAGCUGGCACAGCCCUCAGAGGUGUAUGCUGUGGAGGCGAGCUCCAUGGCCGAGUACACCAGACAGCUGGUGAAGCAGAAUGGCUGCGAGGAGGUGGUCACGGUGCUCCAGGGACGAGCUGAGGAGAUUGAGCUACCCGAGCAGGUGGACAUCCUGGUGUCAGAGUGGAUGGGAAACUGCCUGCUGUUUGAGUUCAUGGUGGAGUCAGUCCUGCUGGCCAGGGACCGUUGGCUUAAGGAAGGCGGCGUGAUGUGGCCCUCAUCUGCGGCCCUCACCUUGGUGCCAUGUCAGGCCAACAGCUAUUAUGCAGAGAAGAUGGCCUUCUGGGAGCAGCCCUAUGGUCUGGACUUCACUCCUCUUCAGCCUUUGGCUCAGCAGGAGUUCUUCACCAAGCCCAAGUUCAGCCACCUGGUUGAGCCCGAUGACUGCCUCGCCACUCCCGGUGAUGUCCUGUGCCUUGACAUGUACACUCUGCAGGUCAAAGAUCUGGAGGAAAUAAAGGGUCAGUUUCAUUAUUGUGUGGAGAAGUCUGGUGUUUUCCAUGGAUUCACCGCCUGGUUCACUGUUCAUUUCGAGAGCCUGGAGACAGGAGGCGCAACAGUGGAGCUUAACACCGGACCUUUCUCUGAGCCAACACACUGGAAGCAGACUCUGUUCAUGCUGGACAGGCCACUUAGUGUGUAUACUGGAGACUCCAUCAGUGGAAGCAUUCUCCUGCGCAGGAACCCCGUCUGGAGACGCCACAUGACCGUUACCCUGCACUGGAGCAUUAACAGCAGCACAGGGGAAACAGACAAAUGCCAGGUUGGGACAAAGAGUUUCCCCAUGUGGAGGUGACAGAUUCUCCGUCAGCAGUGGAGAUUCACAGGACAAUAGUCUAAUACAUCUUCUGCUGAGUUUAGGGUCAGCUGUGAGCUGCUGCUGACCUGGAAUAAAGUAAGAGCCAUAAGGAGGCUCAUCUGACAGGACAUGUAGUCCUACUUAUGCUUUGUAAGUACAGGCCCAGGUGAUACAGCACAGUGUGAACUAUGGUUUUAAGGGCAGAAGAAGUUACACGAUAAUGAUGAACUAUGGAGCACUGCUGUGACUUGAACUUGAAUUAACAGGUUUUAUAGAAGACAACAGCUGAUGACUGAAACAACAAAUUGUUUUGAACAGUAUUUGUGGUCUCAAUGUGCAACAAAAAGAAAUGGCUCACUACUCCACACUUUGCUUUUGUUUUUGUUUUUUUACCCUAUGUGCAUAUUGUUUUACAAUAGGCAUUACGUUUACAUCAUUUACAAUUUACACUGAUUGUAUUAAGUGCUAUACAUGCCAACAGGCUUGUAUGAGUUUAAGAAAACAACCAUGAAUUAUCAUGAUUAGAGAUAUACCUUUUUCUAUAUUUACAGAUUAGAGUGAACAAUGUACGUCACUUAAAAUAUUAUUACGAUUGUUAAUUAGCCUCAUAGGCAUAAAAAACAAC